AGACAUGCAAAACAUCCAUAUCAAUUUUGUUUAUUCUUCGAGAGAAAAUGCUAAUUUUGUUGAACAUUCGGUUCCCUAAUUAAUCUUCAGUAAGUCACGAAACUAAACUGAGGGAAAUUUCCUGAAUGUAUUAGUUUUAACGGCGUCUUCAUACCAAGCUCGGUUCUCGAGAUAUCGCUUCUCUACGGUCGCCCCUAGAACCAACAUUGGUAUAUUCAAACGAAAAACGCCGGCCUGGCUGGGAGCCGUGGUCCUAUUUGAUCCAGUCCUUUGUACUGUCUCUGAUGAAGCUUUCGGAUCUUAUCACAUAUCAUGUCACGGUUUUACAAGUACGAAUAGUUGGAAAUUUUGAGCCACAUCUAACUCCAACUUUAAACAACUCGCUAUUGCCUCGCAAAGUUUAUUACCAAGUAGUUUUUAAAAAUACAAAAGUCCGGCCUUUUAUUUCCGAUGACAGAUGACGAGACAGAAAUAAUUACUCUGUGCAUUUCGUCAAUUCAGCAAACUGGUAACACUCCCGGCACCAAGGUCACUCGCUCGGGAAAUUUUACCCAUGUUAAAUGUUACCCCAUUUAAUUAUUUUAUCAGAUACGCUAGUAGCAGGUAAACCGGCCUAUGUAGAUAACCUGCAUCAUAACUUUCGCAUCUUAACAAAUCUGGAUUUUAUGGAGAUUAUUACAAAUUGCAAAUUGUUUUGUUACAAGUUAUUGACGCGAGUUUAUAUACGUUCAACCUUGAGCAGCUUUUCUAUCCUGGCUUAUUAUGUUUGCUAAUUUAACGUCAAUGUAAAAGUUUUAAUUCUUUGCACUGCGCAUUAUAUUUUCUGAAAUACUAAAAGGGCAAAAUUACGUCUAAUUCUCGAAGAAUUAACGCCGUAAACUUUUUUCUCAUGGCACCUUUAGUUGUCCAUCGCACGCUCGGCUUAACUAAGUGAUCGCUUCCUAUUCAGGUUCAAAAAUAAUUUCAAUUUUUUUAGAAGUAAGAGGUCAUAUAUUGAAAUACUAAUCGACUGAUAGGGAGGAAUGGACGGAAAACUGUUUGGCCCUCGGACAUUAGCCUCAACAUAGUUGCGCUCGGUUCAGUUAAUAACCGAGCGCUUAACAUUUCCCGUUCGGUCCUUCCACUCAGCUGUUAAAUACAUAUCAUAUGACAGGAUAUAUUAUUGUUUGCAAAUCCAAGCCGAAAUAAUAACUCAGAAACUGAACUUUCUCUUCUUUAGCAGAGCAAAAUCAAUAUUAUGUCAGAAUCUGAUUCAAUUUUUCACGAUGUGACCAUCAUUGGGGCUGGUUGGUCAGGCCUUAUGGCGUGUAAGUACAUGCGAGAGUUUGGACUGUCUGUUGCCACGUUAGAGAAACGUUCAGAGAUAGGUGGGCUGUGGUGUUUCUCAGAGGACCCUAACAUUGUCACAGUCAUGCAGACUACAAAAACGACCUCGUCAUCUUCCGUGACGGAAAUGUCAGAUUUUCCGAUGCCGGAGGAGAUUGGAUGCUUUCCUAAGCACGCCGACGUCCUCGCUUACUUGAAAUCCUACUGUGACGAGUUUAAGUUGUGGCCUCAUAUUCGACUGGAUCACGGAGUCAAGACAGCGGAGAAGAGAGAAAACCUAUGGCGAAUUGAAUGCGAGAACGGCAGCGUGUUCACCAGCAAAUUCUUGAUCAUUUGCACAGGCUGUGUUCAGAAGCCCAAUCGAGUCCUGGAAAAGACUCUCCUUAAAGAUUUCGAUGGCAAAAUCUACCACAGCUCUGAGCUGAAGUCAUUCGUCCCUGAGCACAAAGGCAAACGUGUGAUGCUGAUUGGUGGAGGUGAGACUGCCAGUGACGUUGUUGAAGAAUGGUGUGACAACGUUGAUCGUCUUAUAUGGAGUAUACCACGUGGGAUGCAUUUCUUCCGUAAGUUUGCGAAGAUUCUGCCAAACCGACAGCCUCAAGUCUUGGACAAGGCUUCAUCGCGUGCGAUGAAAUUCAUCGCUCCCUUCUUAAAGGGAAAACCAGGCCUAGCAUGGGUAUGUAAGUGGACGUCAAACGGUUCAUUACUUGCCUAUCAAGGUCAUGGUAUACCGGAGUGGAAAAAUAACGCCAAAUUUUUCCAUUGUUUUAUCAACAAAAAUGGUCAUGUGCUUGAUGUGGUUGACUACAACCGUUGUAUUCCAAAAGGCGCAAUUGAGAACGUGAAAGGAAACAAAGUACAAUUCUGUGACGGCACAGAAGAGGAGGUUGAUGUUAUCAUUCAGUGCACAGGCUACAAGGCAGAGUUUCCCAUGCUCCCCACGGAAAUAAAUACGGUACCCCUUACCCACAACUACAAGUAUCUGUUUAAUGUCGAAGACCCGACAUUGGCUUUCAUCGGAUAUGUUCGGCCAGUGCUCGGAUCUUUGAUCACGUUGGCCGAGAUUCAAUCGUUUUAUACCGCGAAAGUUUUCUCGGGUCUGUGUGAGCUUCCAUCCCGUGAUGAAAGGCAGAGAAUAGCUGUGAAAGACAAGUUAUUUUGGGACGACCACUUUAAAGAUUCUUCCCGUAGACUGUCUACUUUAGUGGAGGCCUACACUUACGGAGAUGACAUCGCUAAGUCAUGCGGAAUUUAUCCUGAUUUCAUGGCAAUGUUCAAAAGAAAUCCGCGUGAGGCAAUGACGGCUCUAUGUGCCCCAUACGAUAGCUGUUCAUUUCGCUUAAAUCAGUUUGAUUACCAACAGAAGGCGUUGCUGCACUUGCGGUACCAUAUGUCUGAAACAUUCUCUCCAACACAUUUACUGCUCAUCCUCUUCAUGCGGCUGAUCUGGUUUGACUUCUGGCUGGAUGUCCUGGGCGAGAUAAAGUACAAGAUUCAGUGCGCAGGAUGGUGGAAAAAGAUCAGAGAUUGUCGUCCCAUACGUUUCUUAGAUUGGUGCUGGCAGGCACCUAAGAGAUGGCUCUUUGAUAACAAAACUAGAGCCUAACACUUUAUCAACCUUAACUGGAGAAAUUUAGAUUAGAGUGCUUACUUACGAACACUACUUGCAUGUCGUAUAUUUCGAGUACAUUUCAACUUCUAAACUGCAGCGUAACUCUCCUCUCCCAAGUGCAGCCAAUGAGAGCGUUGCUCAUAUUUUUCUGAAGCAGUUGCACGCGCCAAGACUACUUGGCUCGUGCCUUAUCGGGUACCCUAAUUUUCGGCCAAUUACCAGCCAAGCCUGAUAACCAGCGAACAAUCUUUGAAUUCAAAUUUGGUGGAAGAGAAAACAUUGGGUGACGAGACCAAACAACGGCUCCAAAUGAGACAAUCCCUGUGGAGGAUAAAAGAUUGUCGCCAAUCCAAACUUUGUUAGUGUUUCCCUCGAGAGUCAGCUAUGAACUUAGAACCACUUUCAACUAAGCGUUGAUUUUUGCUUUACUUCGCCCCGUGAUAAUUCUUGAAACCGUGGGCCAGUCUCUCAACCAACCAGAUGCAAAAUUAACAUCAAAGGCAACUUGGUCACUGCGAUUUCCUACACUUGUCAUUUGGCUUGCUUUUACUCCGAAUUCUCAGUGAUUCCCUGUGAAUUUUUCCUUCACUCUGAUAGAUCGCUGUGACAGCUUUGGUUUUACGACAGUCAGUUGAAAUGAAAGGUCUACUUUGUUUGCCGCCUAUUUGAGGAAUCUGCUUACAUAACUACACGUGAAAGUCACGAUCAAGGAUUCAGUGUAUCAAAUUAAUAAAUUUUUAAAG